AACUCCCAUUUGUCUGACAGCACGUGAAUGCAGCAGGAGUCACGCGUUGUUUGCUUCUCAGUGCAAAUAUGGCGGAUGAUGGAGAGUCGUUGGAAUCCUGGCUUAACAAAGCCACCAACCCUUCCAACAGACAGGAAGACUGGGAGUAUAUAAUGGGAUUCUGUGACCAAAUUAAUAAGGAACUUGAAGGCCCACAGAUAUCUGUUAGACUGUUGGCUCACAAGAUUCAGUCCCCUCAGGAAUGGGAGGCGAUACAAGCGUUAACGGUUCUCGAGGCUUGUAUGAAGAACUGUGGGCGAAGGUUUCACAACGAAGUUGGGAAAUUUAGGUUUUUAAAUGAAUUAAUUAAAGUGAUUUCACCCAAAUAUCUGGGAGACAAAGUGUCAGAGAGAGUGAAGACAAAAGUGAUUGAGAUGCUGUACAGUUGGACCGUGUCUCUACCAGAUGAAGCAAAAAUCUGUGAAGCGUAUCAGAUGCUGAAGUCACAAAGCAUUGUGUUAGCUGACCCAGACAUCUCUCUUGAUGCCACAUUAAUACCAUCACCUUCUCCACGACCAAAGAAUCCUGUGUUUGAUGAUGAGAAGAAGAGCAAGAGAUUAGCAGAACUUCUUAAGAGCAAAAAGUCUGAAGAUCUGCAGGAGGCAAAUCGGCUCAUUAAGAGCAUGGUCAAGGAGGAUGAGAUGAGAACACAAAAAGUGACAAAGCAAAAGAGCACACUGGAGGCGGUCAACAAUAGUGUCAAACUCCUUAACGAGAUGCUUGCUCACUUCAGCCCGGAAGACUCCACAGACGGAGACAAGGAUCUCAUUAGGGAGCUGUAUGGUGACUGUGACAAGCUCAGGCAAACAGUGUUUCAACUUGCCACUGAGACCGAGGAUAAUGACAGCAGCUUGGGAGACAUUCUACAGGCCAGUGAUGACCUCUCUCAUGUCAUUAAUUCCUAUAAGAAGAUUGUGGAAGGACAGACCAUCAAUGGAGAGUUUGAAGAAGCACAACAAAUAAAAACAUCAGUCAGACAAGGCACUAGCCACACAAACCAGUCUGAGAUUCUGAUUGACCUGGUGGGUCUGGGCAUCCAGAGCGUCUCUCCCCCACAGCAGAGACCCCUGACUUCCACUGUGUCUAUUCCUGCUGACCUUUUGUGUGGGACUGCUGCCACUGACCCUCAGUCUCCCAGCCCCAGCACACCCACUGCAGCACUCUCUCUGCUGGAUGAAGAGCUGCUAUCUUUAGGCCUCAACGAAACUGUUUCUGUUCCAAGUAAAUCAACACAUGUAAACCCGAGCAAUCAUUUGCCAUCUUUACAGGAUUCCAGUCAAGAUUUGGCUCUUUUUGACACCACUUCAUCUCCAGUUCCUGCGUUCUCUACAUCUACACUUUUUCCAGAUGCCCUCUCUAUAGCCCCAGUUAGUCCAUCUACAACUGCCCCUGUCUUGAAUUUCUCUCUACCUGUGGUGUCCACACCUACUGCUUUUCCACAAUCUGUCUCAACAACAUCAGUUGCAUUCCCACAGCCCCUCAAUUCAGUAUUUACCACCACUUUCCCAGCUGAUCUUCGACAGUCAUUUGGCACAGCCUCGCCUGCUCCCCCUGCCAACCCUGUCUCUUCACGGCCGAUCUCCACUUCAGCUUCUCUCAGUCACAAUUUGCAAGACCUUGCAGACCUUGCUGUGCUGGAUCUGGGCAGUCCUAGAAGUGCGCUCAGUGGGAUGGACUCUGGCAGGCUUCUGGUCAAGAGUGAUGAUCUGCUCACUCCUACCACCCUGUCUUCUUGUCUUGGUGUCACCUCCACCACAUCCACCACAUCCACCUCUCUGCUCCAAGCAGUGUCCACUCCAAGUGCAAAGAGUCAGGCGGAUGACAGCACUCUGUUACACUCCCCUUCCCCCACCCUCCCUCUGAGUCAGGCCAGUCCAGGAAGGGAACAAGAGGUCUCCCUGGCCAACAUCUUCGUCCCUUUGGAUGUCAUCAAGCCCAGUCAAGCGUGCCCAGUGACAGCGUAUGACAAAAAUGGAGUGCGUGUUCUCCUGCAUUUCGCCACCGACUGUCCAGCGGGUAGACCUGAUAUACUGGUGAUGGUGGCGUCCAUGCUUAGCACAGCCCCGCUGCCUGUCAAGGACAUUGUUCUCCAGGCUGCUGUACCCAAGAUGAUGAAAGUGAGACUGCAACCACCCUCAGGGACAGAGCUGGCUCCUUUUAACCCAAUCCUUCCCCCUGCUUCCAUCACUCAGGUCAUACUGCUUGCCAAUCCUCUUAAGGAAAAGGUUCGGAUGAGGUACAAGCUCACGUUCACGCUGGGAGAGCAGUCACACGCUGAAGUGGGUGAGGUGAAUGAGUUUCCGCCUGCUGACAGAUGGGAGGCUCUAUAGCCUUUAAACUGACCAGACACUUCUUUAACAAGUGAGUGGGGCAGUGCAGCUCAGAGGUCAAGAGAAAGAGCAGUAUUGUAUGGGGUUUAGGGAAAUUUUGAAGAAUAUUAUGUAAACUUUAAAGGACUUUAAAGGAGUUUUUCUGCUUGAGAUUUCCCAUUGAAGUAGCCAAAGUCCUGUAGCUUACAUCCAAAUUAAAUUUUACUACGGUGCCAGCUAGUCAGUGUGAUACAGUAGCAAAUAAUGUGAAGUGUCUGAAUGUGGAUUACGGUUAUCUGGGGAAUUCAUUGGUAAUGUUAAAUAGCACUAAGUUAUUAUUAAGUUGUUAAUAUUAUUAUACUUUUUUGCCGUCAGUUUAAUGUCCAUAUCCUGUUCCUCCUGUCUCUGAGUUGUAUCAGAACAAAUUAGAAAAUAUUUGCACAUUUGGAUGCCAGACUGUCUUAAUUACAGCAAAAACAUCAGUAUGAACAUAUGACUACAACCUGCAUUUCACAUGAUUUGCUGAUAACAAUGUAUGAUAACACUGUUUUAUGCUUGAGACACUGGACCAGAGCAGACAAGAUCCCCUCUGUGGCUAAAUACCAGACACUCGGCUCAUUAAGAAUUGGUUACUUCCAGUUGACUUCCUCCAUGAUGCAUUACCACUGCUGAAUACUUCUGUUUGUUUUGUGGGUUCUAUACUAGCUCACAGCUCAGAUGCUUUUUAGUCUUUCAGUAUUUAUUGUCAUGAACGUGUUAUUUAUUUGGGUUUGGGGAGAACGGUAUCAGAUCCUUCCUGUAUUGUAUUGCAGUUGACAGCUGUUUUCCUUCCACAUUGGGGUAAGAAAAGCACAAAUCAGUAGUGGUCUGUCACAGACCAACGUUACAAAAUAAUGACACAAACAGUUUAUAAUAUGUUACAUUAUGUAGCAAGAGGGUGGAUUCUGAUGAAUAGAAUGAAUGAAUAGAUGUUCAGGCUGUGCACUCUAGAUGGUAUUUUAACAACAGCCUUGUUACCCCUUUUCUUUGGCAGGUACAACAUAAACUAUUAAGGACAAGGACCAAAUGUAUACAUUAAGUGGAUGUACUUAAGGAAGACAGGAGACAGAAAGGCAUACUUAAGUUAAUUAAAUUCCAUGUAUAGCUUUGUCCUUUCUCCAGAAGUAAGAUCAUGUUGUGGAAACUGAGCAAAAGGUUUUCCACUCUGGGUGAACUGUAAAUGUUUAGCAUGAGGGGCGUUUCCCAUGUAAUCCAUGUAUCAUUCAGAAUCAGAAUCAGAAUCAGAAUACCUUUAUUUAUCCCUGAAGGGAAAUUCUUAUUCUAAUUCGUUCAUUUGGCAUUCCUAUCAGAAUCAAAAAUCAAAAAAAUGGAAAAAUGACACUUGAUUUUUUCCACUUUUGAUUUUAUGCUCAGGUCAAAUAUAGAAUAUUUGAAAAAUUUGAAUUUGAUGCUUCAUUUUCCUUGUACUUACUUUUUUUUUCAUCACUUUCAAAAACAAAAAAAAUGAAAAACAAGUCAUUUUUCCAGUUUCUGAUUUUUGAUUCUAAAAGGACUGUCAAAUGAACAAAUGAUACCAAACUAGGAAAAGAUUUCUUCAGUUUAAGUAGUUAAAAAAACAGCAUUAGUUUUACCAUGUGGUUACAUAAAAAACGGGCUUUAUUUUUGUGUGUUUUUUUUUUUUUAGGCUAUUUGUGCUAUAUAGGAGGUUCUCAACAUAUUUCUUAUAAAAUGUAUUUAUUUGUCUUAGAUUGUUAAAUGAACUUGUCAUUGCAUAUUUUUUGAAAAGCUAUUUCGGUGCAUGCAAAAAUAAAGAGUGAGACUUAUCUGUUUUUAAUACA